GAAAGUUUCGCCCGGUCGCCGAGAGAGACAAGCGAACAUGGCCUCGCCGAGGUGGCUCUGGUGUGUGUGUGCGACCGCAGCGGUCACACUGCUGCUCGUUUCCAAGGUUCCUUCGGCCUCUGCCCAAAGAAAGAAGGAGGAUUUCUGUGUAACAGAGCCCUAGCCAUCCUAGACUCACUCUGUAGACCAGUCUGGUCUCAAAUCUGCCUGCCUGUGUGUAGGCACAGCACUAAAGGAUAAUUUUUUGAAGAAACCUUGAGCAAGUUGUGAUGGCUUACGCUUGCAAUCCUAGGACCCUAGUACUCAGGUGAUUGUACGUUUCUGGCCAGUCUGAGCUGCAUGAUGGUGUUAGCUGAGAAGGUUAGUCAGCUGAUGGAAUGGACCAAUAAAAGACCUGUAAUAAGAAUGAAUGGAGACAAGUUCCGUCGCCUUGUUAAAGCACCACCAAGAAAUUACUCUGUUAUUGUCAUGUUUACUGCUCUCCAACUUCAUAGACAAUGUGUCGUUUGCAAGCAAGCUGAUGAAGAAUUCCAGAUUCUGGCAAAUUCUUGGCGAUACUCCAGUGCAUUUACCAACCGGAUAUUUUUUGCCAUGGUGGAUUUUGAUGAAGGCUCUGAUGUAUUUCAAAUGCUAAACAUGAAUUCAGCUCCAACUUUCAUCAACUUUCCUCCAAAAGGAAAACCCAAAAGGGCUGAUACAUAUGAGUUGCAGGUGCGAGGGUUUUCAGCUGAACAGAUUGCCCGGUGGAUCGCAGACAGAACUGACGUCAACAUUAGAGUAAUCAGACCUCCAAAUUAUGCUGGACCUCUAAUGUUGGGGUUGCUUCUUGCUGUUAUUGGUGGACUUGUGUAUCUGCGACGAAGUAAUAUGGAAUUCCUCUUUAAUAAAACCGGAUGGGCUUUUGCAGCAUUGUGUUUUGUACUUGCAAUGACAUCUGGCCAAAUGUGGAACCAUAUAAGAGGACCACCAUAUGCUCAUAAGAAUCCCCAUACAGGACAUGUGAAUUAUAUCCACGGAAGCAGCCAAGCACAGUUUGUAGCUGAAACCCACAUUGUUCUUCUCUUCAAUGGUGGGGUUACCUUAGGUAUGGUGCUUUUAUGUGAAGCUGCUGCCUCUGACAUGGAUAUUGGGAAGCGAAGGAUGAUGUGUAUUGCUGGGAUUGGACUUGUUGUGUUAUUCUUCAGUUGGAUGCUGUCCAUCUUUCGAUCAAAAUACCAUGGCUAUCCAUACAGCUUUCUGAUGAGUUAAAGAGGAUUCCAGAGAAACAUUGACACCGGUAAUGGAAACUGAAAAAUAAAACCUGUUUGGUGUUUGAAGAAUGCAACUCAUGUAUUUUAUCUUACCUCUUUUUGUCAAGUGAUCGAACUAGUUAAUCAUUUAACCAAAGAUCUGUAGUGCCUUAACAAGCAAUUGUGAGAUCAUGAAGUAUUUGGAAUUAUGUUCCUGUUAACCUUUCCUUCCCAAUGAACUUACGAAACAUUUGGGUUUUGUAGUAUUAAGUACUUUAUAAAAUUUAAAACUACUACGUCAUUUUACUUAGAGCAAAACUCAAAACUACUUUAGUUAACUUUUGGUCAUCUGCUUUUAUCUUACCUAAGGUUGGAUAGAAGGUUCUGAGCAGGAAUUUUCACCUCUGCCUAUUGCAAACAGCUGCAUCUGGAAGCGGUUACCUUUCCUUCUUUGUGCAGAUGUGUGUGCUUUACAGACCUUUCCUCUUGGGCCAAGGUAUCAUAUGCACUGUAGGAUCUGAAAAUGGACUGUGUAGCCUUUGGAAAGACACAUGCCUUGCUCUGUCUUUCUGACUGAAAUCAGCUACAUAGGCCUCCUUUUACACAUUAAGAAGUACCUCUAACUAAAGACUAUGAUUUGUGCAUGAGUGUGCUAUAACUACCUUGUACAUGAAAAGAUUUCUCAUUCAUUCUGUUUCUAGUUUUAUUUAAAGUGGCCCUACUCUAAUAAUAAUAGUUUGUUGCUAAAAAUCAGUAUAACUUACAAGUGGUCUCAAAUGUUUGUAUAAGUUACAUAUUGUCAUUGAUGUCGUUUUUUACCUAACAGAAAAAUAAGCUGAGUUGUGUUCAUGGAAAGGACUCUGUUAGAAUGAGAAAACAAAAUUGUGAAAUAUUGACUCGUUGUAUAGGUAUAGAAGUGAAAUAGUUAGGGGUUGGAGAUUUAGCUCAGUGGUAGAGCUCUUGCCUAGGAAGCGCAAGGCCCUGGGUUCGGUCCCCAGCUCCGAAAAAAAAAAAAAGAACCAAAAAAAAAAAAAAAGAAGUGAAAUAGUUUGCCAGGCUGCAGUAGACAAAGGCUGAGUUCUGUGAGUUUGUGUUCAGCCUGGGCUACAUAGUGAGACCCUGUAUCCAGGAGAAAAGGGGGAAAAAAGGAAGGAAGAAAAAUGACAUGUUUUCAAGCUUAGGCUGUAACUCAGAGGUAGCAUACUUGUCUAUCAUGUAUCACAUCCCAAUGCCAUAGGGGAAAAUAAGGAAGAUUUCUUGACUUGUGUCAAGAAAUAUGUAUUGUGUCUGUGUGGGUUUUUUUUUUUCUUUUGGUAAAAAUUGUUCCUUGAAAGCUGGUCUUUUGUUUUUUAGAAUACAUGUUCUGUAAAACCUGGGCUAUUUUUUAAUAAGUGUUUUCUUGAAACUUCUCUUUGAGACCUAGUUCUAGCUGGUCUUACCUCCCUUCUGGAGACCUGCCCCACCUCUAGCUCACUUUCACCCUCAUGUCUGAGCUUCACAAGUGCUGGGAUUGCAGGCAUGUGCCACCAUUGACUGUAGUCUGCUUUUGCUCUCACUUUAGCUUUUCUCUGCCCCACAAAUUAGAGAUACAAAGAGUGGUGGCAGGCACCUGCCUUUUCCGUUAGCUACCCUGCUGGCCGAAGUAGAAUCCACGAAGUCCAAGAACGUGAGACAGUCUGGCAUCAUAUUAACACCUCAUCUCAAAAAUAUGUCAGAAAAUAAAACUAUGAAGGGAUUUUACUUGAAUUUUAUCCUUUUUUUUCCCUGAUAGUGGAAAUAGCCAUAUAUGGUAACGUUUCCCAUGAGGAAUAUUUAAAUCAUGGUUAUGAUAUGGUUGACUCUGGCUUUUACCGUAAUUAUGCAGAGUAAUCAGAAAUGGCACUGUCAAAAAAAGUAUAGGGUUGGGCUGGAGAGAUGGCUCAGUGGUUAAGAGCACUGACUGCUCUUCCAGAGGUCCUGAGUUCAAUUCCCAGCAAACACAUGGUGGCUCACAACCAUCUGUAAUGGGAUCUGAUGCCCUCUUCUGGUGUGUCUGAAGACAGCUACAGUGUACUCACAUACAUAAAAUUAAUAGAUUUUUUUAAAAAAAGUAUAGGGUUGGAAUGGAGCUCAGUGAUAGAGCACUUGGCUAUGGUAGAGCACUUGGCUAUGGUAGAGCACUUAAAAGGGUGUGGGUUCAAUCCUAUACUUAGGAAUCCCAUAAAAACCUAGGAAUGUAGCUGGAAAAUGUAAAGACAUAUUAGGAAUAUUACAUUUAAAAUAUAGAGAUGAAUUGUGGUUGAGUUGAUAAAGUGCUUGCUUAGCAUACAUAAAGCCAUGGGUUUGAUCCACAACAUCACGUAAGCCAGGUAUGGUAGCACAUGUGUACAAUCCCAGUACACUCAGGAGACAGAGAUAGGAAGAUAGGUUCAACCUCAUCCUUGAGUAUAUAGUGAGUUUAAGGCCAACCUGAGCUACAGAAGACUCUAUCCCAAAGAGAAAAAUGAAAAAAGAAAAGAUACUGUGACUAUUCCCUGCUAUUGACCAUGUGAUAACCUUCCCAUGUCUUAUAUAAUAGAGGUUUGUGGAAAGAGAUGGACAUAAUUGACCCAGAAAAAAAUGUUUUGGGUGGUUUGUUGUUGUUGCUACAAAUUUGAUAACUAUGAGGAGGAUACAGUUGAUUGUUCCUUGUAAAUUAAGUGAUUCUUAAUUCCUUAUCUGCUAUUGUACUUGUCUCUGCCCAAUGAAUUUAUGCUGUGAUUCUUAGGAAACUUAGUGUGAAGACUUGCAGAAUUGAACUGGGCAGUACUCCUACUGUGUAACUUCUAGCUGCUGGUGUCUCCCAUGCUCAGUGUUUUGUGUCUUUUCUUUUUGUUUAAGAGCACCAUUCUUCAGUGUGGAGAAAGGCAUGCUCUGGCUAAAAUCUGUGGAAAGCAGAUUUUCUCAUUUAAAAUAGUGUUACUUUUGUGGAAAUUUUAAAUUUAGCUUUUAUCUGAAGUGCCUUAAGUAGAUUCUUAAUUUACUUUUCUAGUACUGGUUUAAAUAUAAUUCAUUAUGUAUUUUUAAUACACUGUUCAAAAAUGAUACAUUAUUAUAGCAGAGAUAACCAAAUGUCUGGCUUAUUGCUUCCUGUCAAUAAACUUUUUGCACUCUAAA